CAACCGUCCGCAGUCGCCGCAAGUGACAGUGCGUGUGCGUGCGCGCGUCUAAGGAAGGGGUGUUCUCCGGGUGCAGCGAUAUAUCGGUUCUCUAUUCAUCGGUGACUUCGCCUCGGUAUCGCUCUAUCGAGUGCUCUCUGGAAUUACUUGCGCGUCACAGCGCAGCACAGCGUUUCUCUCGUCAGUUUGCGUCAUCGUUGAGGCGAUCGUGGCAGCAAAUCGAAUAGCCGCUCCGCUCGAGUAGCCAUCGUCACCAUAUAACCAGCACCACCACCACCACGUCCUCCGGAAGUCCGCGUGAUCGGUUGAUGCGUCACGUCAGCGGCGGAUCAUCUCGUCGUCUUCGCGCUACACACCUUCGUCGCCUUCCGGAUUAAUUUCAUCCAUCGAGCUCCAUCACAGGCGCAUCCAUUCAGCCUUGACUGUGGUGGAUUCGAACAAAGGUCGGUGUUCUUACAAUCGCCUUGAAGUCGAAAUGCUGACGCAUCAAGUAUCGUUGCCUUGGGAAUUUCACAAACGCGUGUCUCGGGAGAAAUAUCAUUGAUUAAAUUAACGUGGAAGAAAGGUCUCCUUCCUUUUGACAGUGUUGUACGGUUAGGUUGUCAAAUUUCCUGGAAUUCUUCCAGGCGGGAUCGUGACAUUUCUUGAGCCACCUGCAAGGAGCUUGUUCGCGAGAAUGCGAACGUAGAAAAUUCAAAGUGAAGAGCGAACUGAGCAAAGUGGUUAACUCUACUUAACCUCUUCUGACCGAACCAAGAACAAAAAAACGCUAAUAUGUUCAGCUGGUUGAGUCGUGAGGAAAAUGGCAAACAAGACCUCUUUGAAAAUGUUACCGAUGGACUCAAGAGGAUAUACAAGUCCAAAUUGUUGCCAUUGGAACAAUACUAUCAGUUCCAUGAUUUUCACUCGCCGCAAUUGGACGACCCAGACUUUGAUGCAAAGCCUAUGAUCCUCCUGGUGGGUCAAUAUUCCACCGGCAAAACCACAUUUAUCAAGUAUCUAUUAGAGAGGGAGUUUCCUGGCAUCAGAAUUGGACCGGAACCUACUACGGAUCGAUUUAUAGCUGUUAUGUACGAUGAAAAAGAAGGCGUCAUUCCCGGGAAUGCCUUGGUCGUAGAUCCGAACAAGCAGUUCAGGCCACUCUCGAAAUUCGGCAAUGCAUUUUUGAAUAGAUUUCAAUGUUCGACAGUGGCAUCUCCUGUUUUAAAGGGCAUAUCUAUAGUAGAUACACCGGGUAUAUUAUCGGGCGAGAAACAACGAGUUGACAGAGGAUACGAUUUCACUGGUGUUCUAGAGUGGUUUGCCGAGCGCGUAGAUAGAAUUAUAUUGUUGUUUGAUGCUCACAAACUCGAUAUAUCGGACGAGUUUCGUAGAUCUAUCGAGGCCUUACGCGGACAUGAUGAUAAAAUUAGAAUCGUUCUUAAUAAAGCUGAUAUGAUAGAUCAUCAGCAGCUCAUGAGAGUAUAUGGUGCAUUGAUGUGGUCAUUGGGAAAGGUGUUGCAAACUCCCGAGGUGGCCAGGGUUUACAUCGGCUCAUUUUGGGAUCAGCCACUGAGAUACGAUGUUAAUAGAAGAUUGUUCGAGGAUGAAGAACAGGAUUUAUUCAGAGACAUGCAAUCGCUACCAAAAAAUGCAGCGCUAAGAAAACUCAACGACUUGAUUAAACGAGCGCGUUUGGCGAAGGUGCACGCAUACAUAAUAAGCGCGUUACGGAAAGACAUGCCGAGUGUAUUUGGCAAAGAUACCAAGAAGAAAGAACUGAUAAAAAAUUUAGGCCAGAUUUACGAUCAAAUCCAGAGAGAACAACAAAUUUCACCGGGUGAUUUCCCAGAUCUGAAGAAAAUGCAAGAGUGCUUGGCGCACCACGAUUUUAGUAAAUUUAAUCCCCUAAAACCCAAAUUAUUGGAAGUGGUGGACAAGAUGCUCGCCGAAGACAUCGCAAGGCUCAUGGCUAUGAUACCACACGAAGAAGUUACCAAAAUUUCGGAACCGCUUAUCAAAGGUGGUGCAUUUGAAGGAGUAGAAGAUCAAGUUAGUCCGUUCGGAUACAAAAGAGGGGAAGGAAUUGAUGCAGGAGCUGGUGAACCAGAAUGGAUCGUCAAUAAGGAGAGAUACAAGUACGACAGCAUCUUUGAUUCACUUGGACCACAAGACGGGAAAAUCACAGGAGCUGCGGCCAAAUCGGAAAUGGUCAAAUCCAAGUUGCCAAACAGCGUGCUCGGAAAGAUUUGGAAACUUUCCGACAUUAAUAAAGAUGGAUUCUUAGACUCGGACGAAUUCGCCUUAGCUAUGCAUCUGAUUAAUGUAAAGCUUGAAGGUUACGACCUUCCGGCCGAACUGCCAGACCAUUUGAUUCCACCAUCGAAACGCGACAUAUAAUAUACAAUUUUCGUAUCGUAAUUUAUUAUAUGUUUCACAAAACUCUGGUUAUAAGUGUCCCAAGAUCCGCAAAGAGAGGAAAAUUCACACAAAUUGUACCCUUACAAUUUCAGCUGUAAUAUAUAUGUACACUAUUAUUUCGACCAAGGCCGGGGGGCAUAUAACUUGCAAUUUUUUUUUAUAAACAUCACACAUACAUACACACACUGUAGGAUCGUUGGCCCUAUACGAAUAGAAUGAAUGUAAUAGGAUAUAUUAUUCUAUGAUGUGACAAGAACAGGGGGAUUAUUCUCAAACAAUAUUUCUUCGAAAUAUUUGUGAGAAUUACAUACUAUACGCAUAAUAUGCGAUGUUUAGUCGCACACUUAUUUUUUAAAAUAUCAAGUAAUUAAAUCGGUAUAAUCGAAACUUUGGCCUUGAUACCAUAUUUAUGCUUUACUUGACUUCAUAAUAUUGAAUUAUACGGAAUGUCGCGUUGAACAUUGAGUAAGAGACUGCAUUAAGAUAUACUAAAACAAAUAAUCUUAAAGAACAUUAUACGGAAUAUUUCUAAGAUGUUCGAUCAAAGACUUGAAAAACGCGUAGGAUCAAGUAGAUUCGUGCAAAUUUAAAAUACCCGAAAAAAAAGUAAAAGUAUAUUUCACUGCUGAGGAAUAUAUAUACCAGUAAGAGCCUGUUACAUGCUUAGAAUAAAUUAAAAUAUGUUUCUACGGUUGCGGAAAUUUCCUCGCGGAACAUUCUGUCUAUAAAGAUAUAAAAGGAUCGAAAAGUUUGAAAUAUGUAAAAAGGUAAAAGACUGGAUCAAAAACAAGUAGAUUUUAUAUAUUCUAAAGGAAACGACAAAUAUAAACUCUAAAAAAUUAUUUUUUCAUUAAGGAAUUAAUUAGAGAAAUCAAUCUAAUUUUAUAUAACAACGAGAGAAUCUUUUGUCUUUUUAUACAGUUCUUGACCAACGCGAUCAAAAUAUACUUGAAACAUUUUUCAGUGACGGAAAUUCUCUCUCUCUCUCUCUCUCUCUCUCUCUCGCUCACUCUCUUCUCGCUGUAUUAUUUAUAUCUGUAAAGAGAGCGAUAUAUAUUAUUUUCAAUAGAAAUUUUAAAGCUAUCCAUUCGAACCAACUCGGUAACUAAUGUUUGUUGCGUAUACUUAUAUCGUGCAAUCCUGCUAGAUUUGUAACUAUUAGAUUCCUUUUUUGCGACACCGACCAAAGAUAGAUGAGGUUAGAAUUAUACGUGCAACAUCAUAAAACUUUUAAGAGGUCGUACUUGUAUAUUGUGUAUUAAUUGGUAAAUCUCUACUUAUAAAAAUGUUGAUAUUAAAAAGUGGCUUUUCUUACUUUAUCAAUUAUAAUGUUUAUGUGUGUAUUCCUUAAUCUUCAAGUACACGCACAUUGUAUAAAAAUGAUACUAUUUUGCUCUCAAUUGCAUUUUUCCUAUUUUUAGCACUGCCUUCGCAUGCCGCGAGUUUAUGUGAUAUAAGAAAGUACAUUCAUAUUGAAAGCUCUAUUUGUACACUAUAUAUAUAUAUAUAUAUAUACAUCUCAAAUUCGUAUUGAAAAAUAAUGUAACGUGAAAAUAGCUAGAGUAACGCUAUUUUUGAAACAAAUAACAUGAUAUGGAGCAUGAGAUUUACACGCCAACAGUUUAUAAAAAUACGCAUACACAUUUAUUACGUCUAUAGAAUGUUGUGUUAUUUCCAGUCGAGACACAUUCCAACUUUGAAAAUGAACAAAUUCGUUUCAUUUAAUUUCAGCGUUUUUCAUUAUAUAUUUUCAAUACUGUUGGCAAAGUAAAAAUAUUAUCUCCUUUAUAUAUAAUAAGAGGUUAACGCAAUAUCGUUAUCAAGAAGCUUUGCAAAGCACGGCAUAGCAAGAUAUCUUUGAUAUAAAGUAUUUUCCUUUUAUUCAUUUAUUUAUACUUAUAUAAGUCAUGGAAUCACGAAUUUCGAAAAUCUAUAUGUAAGAAAUGUAAAAAUAUUGUACACACACAUAUACAUUGCAUUUAAAUGUGGCAACACAUACGCGUAAAUAUAACGGUGCGGCAGUUUUUGUGUAGAAUGUAUAUUUGUGUCUAUGUACUCUUGAAUAUUAUUUUUUAGAUAGAAUACACGACAAAUUGCAUUCAUUUAGUUAAAAUGUUAAUACCGUGAUAAACAGCACAGAAACUUAUUUUAAUAACGACAUUAGGAAUUAGUUUAUUUUCAGUUUAUCGUAUGUUAAUAAAUGAAAUUGAAGUUA